AUGUCCCGAACCCGACUUCUCCAUAUCCAUCUCGGAAAAACUACUUAUGCCUCGGCUGCGGCCCUCCAAAAAUCACUCCUAUCCGCCCACCUCUCACACAAAUCUCGAACAACCCUAAUCCCCAUCUCGCCAUUGCCAACCCUCAUUACCACCCAGCCUCCGGAACCCACGGUGAUAACCUCCGAAUUCCACCCCCCCGUAUACACCCUCGGUCGCCGGGAGUCACAAUCGCCCUUAACCCCCGAGCGGGAAUCCCACCUCCGCGUUAGGGGCGCGGAACUGCAAUACACUCCCCGCGGCGGGCUGACUACAUUCCACGGCCCGGGCCAGCUUACGGCCUACGUCAUUGCCGAUCUUCGGCAUCACGGCUUGAGGCCUAGGUGUUAUAUUCGAACUCUUGAACGGGCGCUUGUGGCGACGUGUGCUCAGUGGGGUAUUCGCGCCUUCACCACGGAGGAUACUGGUGCUUGGACUUCGGAGAACAGGAAGAUUGGCGCGGUGGGCGUGCACAUGCGGAGGUUUGUGAGUAGUUUUGGGGUUGGGUUGAAUGUUUCUACCGAUCUAUGGUGGUUUGAUAGGAUUGUAGCUUGUGGGCUAGAAGGGAAGGGGACUACUAGUUUCGUGAGGGAGGGUGUGGUAGGGGUUGGUGUAGAGGAGGUUGGGGAUAGGUUUGUUAAGGCGAUGGCCGAGUCUUUCGGAUGUACUUCCAUCGGGAAGAAAUCUCGCAAGGAUAUCCCACCAGACCUGCUGGUCGAGGAGAGCUAGAGGUGUGUCGAAGUAAUUGCGUGGGGGAAACACAUAUGCACGGUGUACAAGUAUAUACGCGCCUGUACUA